AUGUUCGGACGUGCAUUUGGCGGCAUGGGUGGAAUGCCGAUGGGCAGAAUGGGUGGAAUGCCCAUGGGCGGAAUGGGUGGAAUGCCGCCCAUGGGCGGCUUUGGAAUGAGACGAUUUGGCAUGGGCCAAAUGCCUAUGGGUCUAAUGGGCGGAAUGGGCCCGAUGAUGGGCGGAAUGGGUGGUAUGUGCGGAUGUGAUAUGGGUGGUUAUGGCAUGGAGCCACCGGCAUACUGGUGA